UCGCUUGGUUGACCUCUAUAAAAAGCGACCCUUGAUCCUUGUUUACCUUUGAAUAUACACGCAUAACACAGAACCGAACGAAGCAAGCAAGGUUGAACUUCUGAUUAAUAUUAUCCACUCUGAAAGUAAAGAAAUCUAUCAAGAUGACGGCUUUGGCAGGACUUCCAUCUGAUUUCGGCUAUGUGAUCCUCACCGCUGUGGCUAGUGCUAUCAUGGUCGGCUACUUGGCGGAGAGAGUCUCAUUUGCUCGUAAGGCACAUAAAGUAGAGUAUCCCACGUUUUACAGCCCAGACAAUCAGCUGUUUAACUGUUUCCAACGAGCUCAUGGAAACACAUUGGAGAAUUAUCCUCAAUUCCUCAUGUUGCUGUUUCUAGCUGGUAUUGGAUUUCCGAGAGCUUCAUCGAUCCUUGGAGUCAUCUACAUCGUGGGUCGCAUCAGCUAUGCCCAUGGAUACUACACGGGAGAUCCAAGCAAGAGAAUGAGAGGAGUUUAUGGGUACAUCGGUCUUCUAGGUCUGCUCGGUCUCUCUGUCACAAACGCACUUCGACUUCUUGAGUUUAUUUAAAUCAACAUUCCGCUAAGCAAAGACUUCAAGCCUUGGUCACAACUAAUCGCAUUUGAAUUUUGUCGCUAAACGAAAUGGCAAUCGCUCAUCACCAUCCCGCCCCUCUCAUUUCGCAAAACGUUUACGUUUUUUUUUUUCCUUUUUGCAAU